AAACUACUAAAAAAAUAUGAAUCGCAUCCUUAGUUCAUGUUGUUAAUUGCAUCCUUAAUUCAUAUUAUAUUCUUAUGCACAUUCGUAAACUGACGUGAAACUCUUCCUACACAAACCAGGUUUACAGCAACAUAAUUCAAAUUCGGAUGGUUGAUAUUUGAUAAGCUCCACUAUUGAAUUUAUACUGCUCCCAAAUUUUCCAAGCCGCAAAAGCUCUCGGUAUUCCACCCAGAACUGACUGAUUUUGCCCAUAAAGACUCGAAAUUUGUUGGCACUGAGAUCUGAAUCUAAGUAGGUAACGUCGUUUUUUUAUUUGUUGUUAUUGAAUCAAAUCGGAGAAUGCUUCCAGAGUCGGCAUCGGAGCUCGACCCGGACGAUUCCGACACCGAACCAGAAUUUGUGGAGGUUGAUCCCUCCGGUCGCUACGGUCGGUAUAAAGAGGUACUAGGCAAGGGAGCUUGCAAGAAAGUAUACAGAGCUUUUGAUGAAUGGGAAGGAAUAGAGGUGGCCUGGAAUCAGGUUAAGGUGGCUGAUCUCUUGAGGAAUUCCGUUGAUUUGGAGCGUUUGUAUUCGGAAGUUCACCUGCUUAAGACCCUCAAGCACAAGAAUAUUAUCAAAUUCUACAACUCGUGGGUUGAUACCAGAAACGAGCAUAUCAACUUCAUUACCGAGAUUUUCACAUCUGGGACUCUGCGACAGUAUAGAAAGAAGCACAAGCAUGUUGAUGUGCGCGCACUGAAAAAAUGGUCUCGACAAAUCCUGGAGGGGCUUUCGUAUCUUCAUGGCCAUGAUCCCCCAGUUAUUCAUCGGGAUUUGAAAUGUGAUAAUAUUUUUGUUAAUGGGAAUCAAGGGGAGGUGAAGAUAGGCGACUUAGGACUUGCUGCUAUUCUUCAGCAAGCUCGUGCAGCUCACAGUGUCAUAGGGACCCCGGAGUUCAUGGCACCGGAGCUUUAUGAGGAGGAAUACAAUGAACUUGUCGAUAUAUAUGCCUUUGGUAUGUGCUUGCUGGAGCUUGUGACCUUUGAGUACCCUUAUGUGGAAUGUACCAAUGCAGCUCAGAUAUAUAAGAAAGUGACUGCUGGAAUCAAGCCUGCAUCACUCGAGAAAGUGAUGGACCCUGAAGUUCGAGCAUUCAUAGAAAAGUGCAUUGCGAAAGUCUCUGAUCGGCUGUCAGCCAAAGAGUUACUGAUGGAUCCAUUUCUCCAUUCGGGUGAGAAUUCAAGAAGUUGUUCAUUACAGCCUCAACCUUCCAACACAUAUUGCAGUGAUAAUGGUAACCGAUUUUACAAUGGGAAGGCGCCAGAUGACUCUGUUCUCGAGGGGAAUCGGGAUUUCACAGUACAGGGCCAAAGAAAAGACCAAAAUACAAUAUUUUUAAAACUCCGGAUAGGAGAUUCAUCAGGUCAUAUUCGGAACAUUCAUUUCCCAUUCGACAUCGAGGAGGACACUUCCAAUUCCGUCGCCAGUGAAAUGGUCGAAGAACUCGAUCUGACGGAUCACGAUGUCUCGGUCGUAGCUGCUAUGAUCGACUCCGAAAUCCAAUCCCUUAUUCCCGAUUGGGCCCCCAGAGAGCUGCCUGCUGACAACAAUUUCAAUGAGGAAGGGUCCCCAGAAACCGGAAUUUCCGGACCCCACGGCAUAAGAGUAGCAGCCCUCACUCCAGGGACUCAAACGUCAGUCCCGGACGCCCCUGUGACUAACGAAUCGGGCCCACUCGUCUUGGAGAAACUCCCGUCCGGCCGAAAAUAUUGGUCCCACUCGCCCAAAGCCAGUGACGAAAGCUUGCCUUUGGAGUAUAAUUCCAAUGGUGUCAACAUGCAAUCUCCUAUGAGCCAUCAUGAUGUGAAUAUUUCCGAUUAUGCCAGGAAUAAUUCCAACGGUGAUGGUCAGAGUAAGCAUGGGGCAGUUUCUGAACCUCAGCGGGAGAAUGCGGGCCCAUGCAGAAACUCUUUGGAUGAAGUGAAAAUUAUUGUGGAAAAGCUUGAGCAUGUCCUGGACGAGCAGACCAAGGAGUUGGAUGAGUUGAGGCAUAAACACAAAGCAGCUGUUUUGGCAUUUCUGAAGGAGCUUCCGGAAGAAAGUCGUCAGAAGGUUCUUAACAUCUGUGACAAGAAGUUAUAUGGACGUGAAUUGCAGGACCCAAAAGAUGAAUCAGCCGGUCAUGACCCUUCUGUGAUGAUGGAUGACGUUAAAGUGUGUUGGUGUUUGCCUUUGAGUUCUGUUGGUGGCCUGUUCGAGUGCGGCUGUAUGCGGGUUAAGUCUUGUGGGGAUAGUGCUGAUGACGGGUUAGCUUGA